CUUCCCCGUAACGUGACGCCGGUGCUGUUUAAUUUCACCACUCCGGCGGAUCAAACGCGCUUUGCGGCGUACCGGGCGGUCGCAGCCUCGCGCCUCCCAUCUCUCUGGAUAUUUACGGGAUUUCUACCGUCCGUUCACGCCGCGUUUCCUGCUCAGGCUUUACACAAAGAGCCACAUUUCUCUCCGUUAUCCCAUAUUCCACCCGGACCGGAAGAAAGACGCGGCAUCGUCGGAUUACAUGACCGUUACCGCACAGCGAUCCGACUGUCUCCGCUUCUCCGUGCGCAACAUUCCGGGAAUCCAGACCAGCUCUGUGCAACACAGCGUAGCUUUCAUUCAUUCUUUCUAUCUCUCUGUAUUUUGGACCAUAUUUCAACCACGUUUAGUUUAUAAACAAAGCAAGAGAAGAUAUAACGCGGAUUAGAUCACUUUGUGCAUCACGCCAUGCGUUUAAAAUCCGAUCCUGAACCGGAUCCUGAACCGGUUUUCACUCAUUAAUGCCGGGAUUGAUACCGUAGAAAAACGUCAUGCAACGUCAUGUUGCCAUCUCAGGCAUCUAUCUAUCUAUCUAUCUAUCUAUCUAUCUAUCUAUCUAUCUAUCUAUCUAUCUAUCUAUCUAUCUAUCCAUCUAUCCAUCCAUCCAACUUAACGGUCUGGUUGUAAUCACGCUUUAGCGCGUUGAAACCGCGACGCACGAGCGCACUUUUCUCGCAUCAUGCCGUGUUUUUGCACAGCACCAAACAAUAUUCAGUCGUAGCUCCAAUCUGCACUCCGGAUCGUCUGUUCUUACGGAAAGUUAGAGAAACCGAAAUCCAUCCGGAGCGCGAUGACGCGCGUGCAGAGACACAGCGAGGGAGGGAGGGAGAGCGCGCGAUGAGGCUCACGCACUCUGAUAAAGCCACUACCCAAACUUUGUCAUUCAUUCACGCAGCCGGUGUCUCUUAAAGCCGUUUGGCAGAGAGCAUACUAACUCUGUCUGCGGUGUAAAUGGCGUUCCGGAAGUUACCCGGUGUGUCCGUGUCAGCCAUGGGCCUCCGCUUGUCUCAGAAAUUCGCCUUUCUGCUUUUUCUCUCCGGUUUGGUCACGCUGUGCCUCGGGGCUCUGUUUUUUCUUCCUGACUCCGUUCGCCUCAAGCGCUUUUUUCUUCCCAAGACCGAGAGUGCGCCAGCGAACACGGCGGCGACCCAAAGCGGCGCGAUCGUGGAGCUCGCGGAAAAAGCGCACGCUGAGCGGGAGCGCCGGGAGCGCGAACGGAGCGCCCCGUUUAAACCCGAGCCGAACGGAAAGCUCAGAGUGAGCCGAAAGCCAUCUGUGACGCGCGGCGAUGCCACCGGCGGGACCGUGGAGAGACCUCUGGGAACGCACGAGGAGCGCAGGGCAAGAACGCAGCGCGGGGACGCGACCGUAGGCACCACAGCUGGACGCGCCAAAGGCUGCACUUAUGACACUUUCCGAAAGUGUUUGCUCAAACCAGCGCUCGGGAAUGACCGAGGAAAACCGUCAGACCAACAAACUGUACAGAGGAGGGAUAAAGUCAGAGAGAUGAUGAAAUUUGCCUGGGACAACUACAGAGGUUAUGCGUGGGGCCAGAACGAGCUCAGGCCGCUCACCAAAAACGGCCACAUCGGCAACAUGUUCGGGGGUCUGCGAGGAGCCACCAUUGUGGAUUCCCUGGAUACACUGUACAUCAUGGGUCUAACAGAGGAUUAUAAAGAGGCUAAAGAGUGGAUACGCACCAGCCUGGACCUGGACUUGAGUGGAGAGGCUUCUGUUUUUGAGGUGAAUAUCCGGUACGUUGGAGGCCUGUUGUCUGCCUACUACCUGACUGGAGAAGAGGUGUUUAAGCAGAAGGUGCUGGAGCUUGGUGAGAAGCUGCUGCCGGCAUUCAACACUCCGACCGGCAUCCCACGAGGAGUCAUUAACCUGGGCAGUGGCACCAGCUGGAACUGGGGCUGGGCAUCAGCUGGGAGCAGCAUCCUGGCUGAAUUUGGGACGUUGCACCUGGAGUUUAUGCACCUGACGGAACUGUCCGGAAACCCCAUAUUCACAGAGAAGGUGAUGAACAUCCGCAAGCUGCUGGAUAGGAUCGAGAAGCCCCAGGGCCUGUAUCCCAAUUUCCUGAGCCCUGUCAGUGGGAACUGGGUCCAACAUCACGUUUCUCUUGGAGGCCUAGGAGACAGCUUCUACGAGUACCUGAUCAAAUCAUACCUGAUGUCAGACAAGACGGAUGAAGAAGCUAAGCGCAUGUACUACAGCGCUCUGGAGGCGAUAGAGACCAACUUGGUGCAGAAAUCUUCUGGAGGUCUUACAUACGUAGCUGAAUGGAGAGGCGGAAUUCUCGACCAUAAGAUGGGGCAUCUGGCUUGUUUCGCCGGCGGGAUGGUGGGCAUCGGGGCAGACGAUGGCACUCCAGAAAAGAGGCAGCACUACCUAGACCUGGCUGCCGAGAUCACAAACACGUGCCAUGAGUCUUACAGUCGCUCAGCCACGAAGCUCGGCCCCGAGGCGUUCCGCUUCGACGGAGGUGAAGAGGCGACGGCCACCAGACUGAGCGAUCGCUACUACAUCCUGAGGCCGGAGGUCAUAGAGAGCUACAUGUACAUGUGGCGUCUGACUCACGAUCCCAAGUACAGGGAGUGGGGCUGGCAGGCAGUGGAGGCACUGGAGAAACACUGCCGCAUCGAAGGAGGGUUUUCAGGGAUCAGAGACGUCUACGCUAGCACGGUCAGCCAUGACAACAUGCAGCAGAGCUUCUUCCUGUCUGAAACACUGAAAUAUCUGUACCUGCUUUUCUCCGACGAUGACCUGCUGCCUCUGGAUGACUGGGUGUUCAACACCGAAGCUCAUCCUUUACCAAUCAUCCGCAAGAGCUGCUUAGAGGAGCAAAACAGUGGCACCACACGAGACACGCAAAACACACACCUAAUGUAACCUGCAAUGACACACGCUGAUACCCACAUGCACAGCGAGGCAGGGCCUCGGGUUCCAGUAGCCCUGCCUGCAGCCUCUCGGCUCCUUCUCCUGUAAAGGAUCUCGUGCUGCACGCUGUGUUUGUACUGUAACAUCUGAGCCGGGACUUUCUCUGUGGACAAUCAAAAUGAAAAUUACUUUUGUGACAAGAGCACCUUUGUUCCCUUCUUUCUUUCCUCUGUGAGGAAAAUUGAAUAUCCUUCGAGCCCAGAUUGGCGGGUGGGCAUCGCCUCAUCACGGGCUACUUUGCUAGAAAGAAAAAAAAAAUCGCUUCACUUUUCUUCAGCACUGUCCAUCUUAAUUCUGUCCAUCUUUUUACUCUUUUUUACAAGCUAGUGAAGGCAAUUUGUGGAUUUUAUUAAAUGACUCUUUCAAGUGAUUUGCAAGCUUAAAAGAACAGAAAGCAACAAAAUUUCAGCAGUGAACAGGCAUUACUUUGAGUAUUUUUUUUUCUUUCUUUCCAAGAAU